AUGUCUGAACAUGGCGUAGAUGUUGAGGAUUCCCGUCCACUCCAGUACAUUCGUGUCCGGGAUCCGGUCCUGUCACCUCGACUUCACUAUUCGUCAAGGACAGUUGAGAUGGAAGUGUUUGAGUCUCUGCGCCUGCUACUUGUAUAUCGUCCAGGUCCCCGCUCCGUACAGCAGAGUCGACAGGAUGACCGCUUUGUAAAUCUUCACUUUGGUGUUGAGGUGGAGACCGUGGCGAUUUCGGACUGUGAUUCGCAGACGGCCGAAGGCUUGGCUGCCUUUUGAGAUCCGGUAGGUCACUUCGUAGUUGAUCUGUUUGGUGCGGUAGAGAGUGCUGCCCAGGUAGGUGAAGUUGUCCGCGAUUUGCAGUUGGGUGUCGUUCACGUUGAUUUGGCAGCUUCGGGUGGCGCUCGAUGCAUAACCAUCGCUCUCUCCGUCUUGAUGACUAGGCCGAAGUUGUAGCAGGCGGCGGGAAAGAGAUUCAUGCUCCUUUGCACCUGCCCUUCCGAGGUGGCGUUGAGUGCGCGGCCUUCGGUCGUUGUGGAUAUACGCGACUGGAAGUGCAUCCGUCGGCGGUUUACGAGCUGGCCGUUCGUCGUGUAGGCGAUGCGGAUUCCGGGACGUUCGUCACGGUCGGCGUCCAACAGUAUGGCAGUGAACAUGAAACCAAAGAGGGUAGGCUCGAGGACGCAGCCCUGCUUUACUCCGAUGGGUCACUGAGAAUGCCUCUGAGACAGCUCCGUUGUCCGUGACUCGCCCUAUCAUGCCAUCGUGGAACUGACACACCCUCUGAGUGAAUCGCUCUGGACGGCCGAAUUUCUGCAUCAUUUUCUCCAGUUCUUCGUGAUUUAUCAUGUCGAAGGCUUUGGUCAUGUCCACGAAGGUAGAGUACAGGUGGGUCCGCAUCUCCUGACACUUCUCCUGCAGUUGACGGGCGGAGAAGAUUAUGUCCGUGGUCCCACGAUGGUGACGAAAGCCGCACUGGCUUUCCGGCAGGAGACCUUGUUCCAGAUGGUGGUCCAGGAGGUUAAGGAGAAUACAAACGAAGAUUUCCCCGGCGAUAAUCAGCAACGAAGUGCCUGAAUGGUUGUCACAGAGUCGACGGUUACCUUUCCGCUUAUAGAGAUGGACAAAUUUGUAGUCCUUGAAGUUCUGCAGUAUUUCUCCUUGGCGGUUCUUCACGCCGAGCAGGUUGCUGAUGACGGCGUCGUUGUCACUGAACUAGUCCUGAUGCCGAUGUCGUGCGUGACCGAGGACAGCCAGGGCUGUCGACUGGACCGUGUCCUUCAAUGGACACCAUCGGUUCUCCGCGGAGGCGUUCUCGUCGUCGGCGGUGGCGGCGGCGACGACGGGCUCACUGUUAGCUAG